AUGUCUUGCGUUGCACCGGCGAAGUUUGAGCGUUUACCAGAAUUAGCUAAACCAACCCAUUAUACUCUAACCCUGUCACCAGACUUUAAAAAUUUCACUUUUCGUGGACAAGAAACGACUGAUAUCGAGAUUUUGAAAGGCACGGAUCAUUUGAAGUUACAUUCAGGUGAAAUUGAUAUCAAAAAGGCUCAGCUUAUACUAAGUGACGGAUCAGUACUGCAAGAUCUCGAUAUAGAAUACCAUAGGAAAUGGACAACUGUAACGCUGAAAUUGCCCAAGCAUAUUUCUCCUCAAAAAGCAAAAAUUUCAUUGGAUUUUGUGGGUGAACUGAAUGAGAAAAUGCGAGGCUUCUAUCGAUCACCCUACAAAGAUGUCGAUGGGAAGGAAUGUUAUUUAGCUGCUACACAAUUUGAAAGCACAUUUGCUAGGCUUGCAUUUCCUUGCUGGGAUGAGCCUAUCUACAAAGCAAAGUUCGAUGUUACACUUAUAGUGGAUGAAGGGCUUACAGCACUUUCAAAUAUGAAUAUGAUAAGCGAAACAAAGGUCGACGAUAAGAAGGUAGUGAAGUUUGCAACUACGCCACCAAUGUCAACAUAUCUUGUUGCAUUUGCUGUUGGUCAACUGGAAUAUAUCGAGGGUAAAACAAACAGAAAUUGCACAGUACGAUUAUAUACUUCGCCCGGUAAAAAGAACCAGGGAAAGUUUUCACUGGAAGUUGGAAUAAAAGCGCUUGAUUGGUACAGUAAAUGGUUUGGUAUCGACUAUCCGCUACCUAAAUGUGACCUCAUAGCCAUUCCUGAUUUCAGCAUGGGUGCCAUGGAAAACUGGGGAUUGGUAACAUAUCGCGAAGUAGCAUUGCUAGUUGAUCCAACCAAAUCUUCUACACGACAAAAAUCUCGUAUCGCACUUGUUGUCGCUCACGAACUUGCUCAUUUCUGGUUUGGUGAUCUUGUUACAAUGAAAUGGUGGACCGAUCUGUGGUUAAAAGAAGGCUUCGCUUCGUUUAUGGAAUAUGUAUUUGUUGGUGCAAAUUAUCCGAAUUUUAAAAUAUGGCUACAUUUUGUCAAUGAUGAACUCGCAUCAGGUUUUGACUUAGAUGCUUUACGAAGUUCUCAUCCUAUCGAGAUUGAAAUAGAUAAUCCUAAUGAAUUGGAUGAAAUCUAUGAUAACAUAACGUAUGCGAAGUCAAAUUCAAUCAAUCGAAUGUUGUGCAAUUAUUUAGGUGAGGAGACAUUUCAAAAAGGAUUGCGGAUAUAUCUGAAGAGGUUCCAGUACAACAAUGCAGUUACUGCUGAUUUGUGGAAAGCGCUAAGUGAAGCUUCCGGUCAGGACAUCGAAACACUGAUGUCAACAUGGACAAAACAGAUGGGGUAUCCUCUUGUUAGUGUUAGUCAAAAAAUUGAUGGAAGGAACAGAAUCCUAAGGAUGAAUCAAAAAAGAUUUCUCGCUGAUGGUACCACCGAUGAGAAGAAUUCGUUAUGGCAGAUUCCAAUCACGAUUUCCGUAUCAUCUGAGCCAGAAAGCAUAAAAGAAAGAGUUCUGAUGAAAGGAUUUCAGCAAGAUGUUACGAUUAAUGAUGUAGAUCCUAAGGACUGGAUAAAGUUGAAUGUCGGGACUACAGGUUUUUAUCGUGUUUUAUAUUCACAUGAUAUGCUACAUACGCUUUUACCUGAUUUUGCAACCAAAAAGAUUCCUGUACUUGACCGAUUUGGUAUUGCAAAUGAUAUGUUUGCACUGGUUAAAUCCGGGCGAGAAUCAGCAAAACAAUUUUUAUCACUGCUUAAAUCAUCCUCAAAUGAAGAUGACUACACAGUGUGGAGUUCUCUUGAUUCAGGUAUUUCUGAGCUGUCGAAUGUAUUGUCCCAUUAUGAUCCCGUUAUCCGUUCGAAAUUUAAUAAAUUUAUUAUUAAAAUUUUGACACCAGUGGCAGAUCGACUUGGCUGGGAAGCUAAACCGAAUGAAGAUUCUCAAAUAGCUUUAUUGCGAGCGCUAAUUCUUGGUCGACUGGGUCGUUGUGAUCAUGAACAAACUAUUAAAACAGCUAGAGAGAAGUUUUUGGAACAUAUUAGAAAUAAAACUGAACUUCAUCCAGACUUACGACUUAUGAUAUACGGGAUGGUGGGAAGGCAUUACGGAAAAGAGGGAUUUCAACAAUUAAAAGAAAUUUACGAAACUGCAGGUUUCGGUGAAAUAGAACGAAAUUGCAUUGUAGCAAUGCCACAAACAUCUGAUACGGAGUUGUUGAAGGAAGUUUUCGAAUACUGCAUCCAAAAUGGCAAGAUUCGUUCGCAGGACAUCAUUUAUCUUUUCUAUGGUGCGUGUGUGAAUAAAUCCGGACAAGAUUUUGCGUGGAAAUAUUUCAAGGACUCUACCAAAUUGCUGCUUCAAAAAUUUGGUGGCGCAAACAGUUCGCUUUUUCAGCAUUGUUUCAGAACUAGUGCUGAUUGUCACUGCUCCAGCGUAAUGGUCAAAGAAGUUGAGGACUUUGUUUGCUCGUAUUUGGGAGCAGAUGAAGCUCGAACUAUUAAUCGUACCACGCAACAGAUCAUCGAAUCAGUACAUUUGAAUGAGCAGCUUUUGAAGCGAAACGCGGAUGUCAUCAGUGAAUAUCUUGCUGCCGCCGAUUUCUAG